AUGAAUAACAAUAAUCAAAACCAAGAACAUGUUCAAAACGAACAAAACAGAAAUCUAUUUCGUUUUUCGUAUUCCAUCAGUGGAACUUCAACGCGUUUAGAUCAAUUAUUUACUAAUAACAACACCGAUAAUAAUAAUGACAACCAAAACCAGCAAUCGGAUAUCUUCUCAAUCUUCACCAAUGGACAAGAGAACCUUUUGGCUUAA